GCAUGACAUGAUCCGAUUGGAUGCGCAGGGCAGGGGAUAUUAGUGAUGUGAGAGAGUCUAUCCAACGGCAGGCGCACAAGCCUCGGAACCAGACUCCAGAUGCCUUCACAGGAAACGCAGGUGUGUCGGCUGCGUGGACGCGUCAGCCCCCCGUGAACCCCUUACCGAACGCGCAGAGAUUUCAUGCCGAAUCGGCGCACGUGGGACGCUUAUUUACGAAGCCUCGUGGCCGCGCGCCUUCCCGCCUGUGAUGGAGGCGCGCGGCGGUGGUGCAUCACUGGGAAGGAGUGAGCGGUGCGGAGGAGAUCAUCAGUGAAGACAUCAAGGGCUCCCGCGCGUUUGGGCAAGGUCAGAGCCUAUCCGGGAUUAAGAUUAUGUCCACGUGGAGAGAGCAAGAGUGGACUCUGAGGAUUCCUCUUUGGGGACGAGGUCGGCAGGGGAUGUCCCCUGAGGACAAAGAGUUUCAGUCUGUGCGUUGGCUUGCGGGAGCUGCAAAGAUCCCCCCCGUUUGCGUGAUCAUCGUUUCUAAAUAAUCUACAAGCUGCGUGACUUCUCUCUUGCCGCCCCUCACCUGGGAGAUAAAGUUUGCUCCAGAGGGUUCACCCACGGAUUCGUGUUUAGCCCACAGUUGAGGCCAGUUCGCGGGAUUUGGAGGCUCGAGUUUGGGGACUGAAUUCCUUCAGAGCCGCGGACCUCCGUCUGGGUUGCCGUCGCUGUCCAUGGUGCUGAACCCGAGCUCCAGGAAUGGUGGAGACGCUGAGUAUCGCAGUGAUCGGAGCUCCCGCAGUGGGCAAAACUUCCAUAAUCCGACAGUUCAUCUAUAACGAUUUCUCCGAGGGGUACACGCCGACCAGAACCAGAUAUGUGUACAGACCCUCCGUCAUUCUGAACGGGAACAUGUAUGAGCUGAAGAUUUUGGACGUCCCGCCAAUCGCCUCGUUUCCAGCGAGCGCCAGUCAGGAGUGGAUGGAUCUGCGCUGCAGAGGCGUCCGCAAUGCCAACGCUUACAUCCUGGUGUACGACAUCUGCUGUGUGGAGAGCUUUGAAUACGUCAAAAUGAUCCGACAGCAGAUAGUGGAGAACAGGGAGGGCAGCAGCAACGAGGUGCCGAUCCUGGUGGUGGGUAACAAGAGAGAUUUGCAGCGACAGCGCUUCAUGCCUCGCAGGGCCGUGUCAGUCCUGGUGAAGAAGACCUGGAAAUGUGGCUAUGUGGAGUGCUCUGCCAAGUUUAACUGGCAUGUAAUCUUGCUCUUCAAAGAGCUGCUGGGCAUCGCUGUGGCAAGGGGCCUUCGCCAGAACCACACCUCCAUCCGUCUGCAGGGGGCUCUACAAAGGAAUCGAUGCACCAUCAUGUGACCCGGAGAGCCCCCUCCAGCCCUCUUUACUCAGGGGCGAGAGCGGCAAAGGAGAAAAGGACUUUUUAUCACAAUGGCUGGAAAAUAUACCCUGUGGCCUCUUGCUUAACUGAGCUGAUUUUUCAUAUCGAGGUUUAUUAGUCUUGCGCUGUAAAAGACACUAAAAAAAAGUCAUCAAACCACUUUGUUUCUAGUCGAUUUCUGCCCGCUGUGUAGAAACAAGGACGGGAGGGAGGAGCGGGGGAAAACCAAUGAAAUAAGUAAAGCACAGUUACUUUUCUCACAUCAGCCGAACAGCUGAAGAUUUCAGGCUGUGUAACACGGCAGCAGGUGUGUAGCCUGUCCUGACAGGAUGAUAGCUGCAUCUGUGAGACUCAAAGGGAAAAAAAAAACAGCAAUAUCAUUGAGUCUUCCUUCUGAAUUUAUGAAAGCACUGACACACUUGGAUUUAUGAGGCCAACCAAUAGAAUAUAAAAAGAAAAUACAUUGAAAUUAAAUUGUACAUAAAUACAAUUAGAUGGUGUUUAUGGUUAGAUUUAAAAAAGUAGCCUAUAUUUUAUUUUCUAUUAUUGUCCCUAUUAUCAUUUGGCUUUAUGGAAAUUAAAAUUGUGGAAUUACAUGAAGCCCGUUUGAUAUUAGAUUACAUUUCAGAGAUAAAGAAGGUAAGCAGGCAAGAGAGAAUACACGUGUAAAAAUAAAUAAAUAAAGAGCUAUUUGAUAGGCAGGAUAGGGGGGGAUAAAUGUUAAUUGCUUUAAAAAGACUGGAGGGAUAACAUCCAUUGGUGAGUAAAUAUAUAAAUAAUUUAAUUACAUUCACAAUGAAUGCCACAUGCUGUUUGCUGUAAUCCGCCUGCACUCAGAUAUCCAGCACAAAUAACGACACCGAGCUUAAUGACUUCACUAAAUGCCCCCUCACACGCAAAAAUUGAUCAUUAAAGUUUUAAUCUCAAUACUGUUUAAUUGGUGAUUCUGUGAGCUGCAUUAAUUAGGUCAGGAUAAGUACUUUGUGCAUAUGGCUGCAGCAGAAUUUAUUGUACAUAAAAACGAGUCAUGAAAUAAUCAACUUGCAUGUUUCAGUUGGUAGAACCAACAAGUCAGGGUUUAAUUGCACUGAUGUGAAAAUGUAAUGUUGUGUUUGAUUUUUGUAUUACAUGGUUUUCUCACACUGUAAUGGACGAAUGUGAUUGUUUUUCACUGGAACGUGAGAGGACAAGCUUGUGAUUCUCUCCAAGAUGUAGUGUUAACCCUCUAGUUAGGCCAGAUGGUUGUAUUCUUUCUUUUGUCUGUCUGUUUAAUUUUAUUUUUCCAGUAAGAGAAGAGAAGAGAAAAAUGUAGCAGAGACAUUUUUAAGCAACACAAAAAAAGGAAAAACUGUGUGUAGCAUGAGUUUCCAUCUGAUUGUUUGUGUGUGCAUUACCAAAUAAAAAGGGCUACGUUUUUUUAAGCAGAAA